AUGGCUAAAAGAAAGGUUCAGGCGGCAGAUUCAAACCGAGUGCCGGUCCUGGGGUCUGGGAGGAAAGUCGUUGUGUUCUCCUGGGUGAGGUCGUCCCGCAGUCCCUCGGCCGCUGAGCCGUCCGUCCGCCGCGGGAGGCCGGACUGCGGCAAGCGAGCGCGACCAGCCGCGGAGGUGGCGCUCUCUACCACCAUCUCGCAGCGAAUCAAGCGCAAGGCGCCCCGUGCCUUCCUCAGGCGCACCUUCAAGCAGAAGAAGCUGUACCUUCGUCUGGAGACCGGCUGCGACCUCCUGAUUCAUUUGAACUUCUUACUCUUUGUGCAUCUAUUGGCAGAAGAGUCCAGGACAAAUGCCUGUGAAAGUAAAUCUAAAGUUAUCAAAAAGGAUCAUGUACUGGCUGCAGCAAAGCUAAUUCUGAAGAAGAGCAGAGGUUAGAAGUCAA